GACGCAUCGGUCUUCGGCACAAAGUACAAGAAAGUCGCCAAGCGUACCUUUCCCGUCUCGGCGACAACCCCCGAAGAGUUCCGCAUCGUCCGACGCAGCCCGCCGGACGUUCUAGCCAGCAUGAUUCCCCUUCCGACUAUCCCUCCGCCCUUCGUCCCUGGAGCGCGCUACACUGAGGAGCGCAGGCGUGCGCAGAACAUCGAUCCCAGCGGCUUCCUGCUGCGAGACGAAGUGGGUCUUGCGCAUUGGGUUCUUCGCCAGAACGAGCAUGCGUUGGCCUGGGACGAGUCGGAGAAAGGCCAGUUCUCCUCGGACUGGUUUGAUCCUAUUAAAAUCCCCACCGUCGACCACGUUCCGUGGGUUCUCAAAAAUAUUCCGCUCGCGCCUGGCAUCCGUGACGAGGUGCUUCGGAUCAUCAAAUCAAAGAUCGCCGCCGGCACCUACGAACCGUCGAACUCAUCGUACCGCUCUGCUUGGUUCUGCGUGCCCAAGAAGGAUGGCAAGACCCUGCGUAUUGUACACGACUUACAGCCGCUCAACCGCGUCACCAUCCGC